AUGGCACCCAUCGACCCUGGAUCCUUGAUCCUCAUCACAGGUGGAAAUGGAUUCAUCGGAGCUCACUGUAUUGCGAAUCUUUUGCAAUCCAAUUUUCAUGUUCGAGCAACUGUUCGCUCUGCUGAAAAGGCAGAGUUGACCCGAAAAGCACUGAGUGCGGCAGGUAUUCAGAACCUUUCAAAUCUAGAGCUGAGUGUCCUGCCAGAUCCGACUCACGUCGAUUCCUUGGUUAAAGUUCUGAAUGGUUGUCAGGCUAUCCUUCAUCUGGCUUCUUCAUUCAGCUACGAUGCUGCACCGGGUGAGUUUGAAGAAAGCUUAAUGAUUCCUGCUUUCCGUGGAACUCAGGCUAUCUGCGAAGCGGCUCAGAAACAGUCUUCCAUUCGUCGCUUGAUCGUUAUGUCAAGUUUUGCCAGCGUUUAUAACGCGGAUAUGGGACUUCAACCGGGUCGGGUUUAUACUGAGAAUGAUUGGAGUCCUUUGACUUAUGAAGAUGGUGUUAAUGCGCCAGCUGUGCCCAUCGCCUACCGCGCAUCAAAGGUCGUCGCAGAACGUGCUGCGUGGGAUUUCGUGCGAGAUAAUUCUGUUCAGUAUCAGCUGGUCACACUUUGUCCCGGCAUGGUGUUCGGCAAGAUGAUUCAUCCUAUUUCAUCGCUGUCCCAGUUGAAUGCCAGCAAUCAAAUCGUUUGGCAAGUUCUGAAUGCUGGGAGGGAUGGUGAAAUUUCCCCUUCGAAAGCGCCUGUAUGGGUUGAUGUGGAAGACCUUGCUGAGGUUUGUCGCAAGGCACUCGUUUUCGAGACAUCGGAACAUGAGCGUUUCCUAGUAACGAGCUCAGCUUAUGAUACACAGGAGAUUAGUGAUAUUGUCCGCGAUGAACUGCCUACAACACAUCGAGCACCGCUAGGAGAGCCAGGGAAGCGACUUGCGGAUACACAUUACUCUUGCGACUCUAGUAAAGUGAACAGGUUACUUGGAGUAGAGUUUCGAGAUUUGAGGGACUCUAUUGUUCCACUGGCCCAGCAGCUAUAUUCCAUGGAGUGA